AUGACGAGAGGACAGUAAAAAUGAUGCCGUUAGCUUGUAUGACUGCGCUGAUAAUUUUAAUAAUCAUGCCAACAUCCUUGGGUCAUGAAAAUGAAACAAUGGAUACAGAAACUGUUCUGCAAAAUACAUUAUUUCACGUCUACAAUAGGUACAGAAAACCAGUCAAGAUAUAUAACAGAAGAGUGCAAGUGGGUCUCGAUCUCCAUAUUCUUUCUCUACCAAAGUUGGAUAUUCGCUCACAAACUUUACAUACUGCGAUUUGGUUAAGAGUUAGUUGGACCGAUGAAUAUCUUACAUGGAAUUCGAAGGAUUUUUCAGGUAUCAAUUUUCUACGAUUGCCUGCGGACAAAGUGUGGAUUCCAGCCGUCUGUAAUAUGCACGAAAUCUCUGGCAGAAGAUGUCUGACCUACAGCUCUGUAGGAAAUACAAACAGCGAGGUCGAAAUCGAGAGCAAUGGUCAUGUUUCUCUCUCCGAAGCGAUGGAAAGCAUUAUCUUGUGUACGUUUAAUGUUAAGAAUUUCCCCUUUGACACUCAGAUAUGUACUUUUACGUUUUUUGCCUCAACUAAAAAAUCCCAUUCCUUAGAUAUAAUGCUUAGCAAGUCCAGUUUUGAUUCAAGAUAUUUCAUUGGAAAUGAGGAGUGGGAUCUAAUAUCUACAAAUGUUCAAAACAACGCAUGGAAGCUGGAGAUGAAUAUUGUGUUAAGGAGGAGACCCUUGUUUCUCACGUUAACUUUAGUGUUUCCAAUCAUCACAUUGUCUUUCAUGAAUGUGUUUUGUUAUGUGUUGCCAAUAGAGUCGGGAGAAAAAAUGGGAAUGUCAGUGGCUUUGUUUUUAACAUUUGCUGUUUUUGGCAGUAUUCUAAGCGAUGCAAUGCCAAAAGAUUCGGAAAACAUUUCGAUAUUCAUUGUGUACGUGACUGUUCAAAUUUUUCUUAGCGGACUGAGUGUUGUGUUAGAAACAAUAGUUCUACGUAUCUACCAUGACGAAUUAGGCCCAUUGUCCCGAUUAUUUCAACUUGAAGAAAAUAAAAAUGCAGUAUCUCCUUCAGUUGACCACAUUGUGAAAAAACCUAAGAAUUUAGAAAAUGAAUGUAACAUGGAUUUAAAAUUAGAUGAUCAAAGUCAAACUAACCUGGACGAGAAACGGAAAACAAAGGCAAAGAAGUUCGACAAAAACUUUCUAAUAUUCCAUUUCCUCACAAACUUCAUCACUUUCCUUACAUGUACUUUAAUAAUCAUGAGUUAGUACUGGUAUCCCUCUGACUCUUUAUCUAAUCACUUUUACAUUGAUCAAUUAUCUUUUUUUUUUAAUUUAAUUGCAGUAUCUGGUUUAAAACAAUGUUCAUUUUUUUUAUUUUUGAAAAUCGUUUACCCAGACUGCAAUUUGUUGUACUCAUUAAAAUUUAAAUUUUUGGACAAGCUUAUAUUAAUUGUAUUCCUUAAAAAUUAUUAUUUCUAUGAUGAAACCGAAAACUAGUGAAAAGUACAGAAUAUCUGGCUAUACUUAAGGCAGAAAACAACAGAGAUAAUAUGAACAACUGUUGAGCAGUUCACAGAAAUCAUCUAAAAAGGAUUGUUUUUGCUAACAGUUCAACUUGGGCAUUUACAAUAUAUUUCAGCAUAGAACUAGUACUCAGAAUUAAUCUCUACGGAGAUGUUCUGCCUUCAAUUAAAAAGUGUUACUCAAUGUAUUUGAUCGCGUAGAAAAAUUACUGUGCUAGUAGAUCAAAAUGUAAGUGACUAAAUAUUUGUAAUAUAUUGUUGAUAUAUUAUUAUAACUAGAAACGAAGUGAUUCUGGUUACAACAAUACUGGAUAUUGCAAAUGUUCAUAAUUUAACGCAUAACAAACAAUUUUUUAUUACUUUAAACUGGAUCUUUGCCGAAUUAUAUAUUUAUGACACUUGAUCAUGAUAAACUUGAAUCCUUACAUUAAAUAUGGUGUAUCUUUUUCAAAAAUUGAAAAAGAUCUUAAUGUUACGAGUUUAAGAGUCGUUUCGGUAUUUAUUUGGAACAUUACAUCAUUGUACAGUGAACACAAAUACAUUCAAAAUUGUGUCAGUUUACAACUCCAAUUUUUUGAAAACUAAGUCUUAAGCUUCAAAAUUUUGAUAUUCAAGGAAGAAGUAAUAAUGCAAAUUUCUUCAAACUAAUUAUUUUAAGAUUUAUUUUAAAUGAAUCGCUUCAAUGAUAUACAUAUAUUACAGAAAAAUAGAUAAAAAGACAAAUACAUUUUAUUGUCUUUGUGAUUAUGAUAGUAUCAUCAAACCAUUUAAAUAAUCAAUUUAUUGAAUCGGUGUUAAAAUGUGUCCAUUAGACUAUGUAAAUAAUAUGAUUGGGUUUUAUCGUGGACGUUGUUAGUCCAUUAAAUGUUAUAGCGCUGCUUUCUCCCACUGAAUAAAAAUCGACAAAGCAUGCAUUACAGUAAUGCAAAUAAACGAAUUGCUAUCUAUUCGUAAAAUUGCAAACAUUUGUGAUGCAGAUAUGCUAGUAAAAAUCCGAAAUUUUAAGGUCUAAUUCCAAUUAAAUGAAUUUUUGGUAUUAGAUUUUUUUUAAAUUUAUCUUCUGAACAGUUUACAUGCUUUUACCGCUUUAUUUCUUUGCAUUGUAUAUUCGUCAAAGAAUGAACACAUCGUAUAGAAGGUAUCUUCGAAUAUAUACGAAUAAUUCAAGUGGACAUAUUUCUGGCUAAUCCAUUUCAAUUUUGUUUAUUUUAUUAAUUUAUUUUCUUUGCUUCAAUUUUGUUCUUUUAUUCGACUGUAAAUAUCACCGUCUUACAAUCUCAUUAGAAUGCUGAGUGGCAAAUCAAAAACUUUUUUGGAAACCAUUAAACAGAAAGCACAAGAAUACAUGUAUUAUGCAGUUCAUUGUUUAAUACAAAGCAAGGGGAUUUUUUAGAAUUAGAUAAGAGAUUGUAUCCUUUAGGCUGAAUUGUAUUUUAAUGAGAAUGGAGAGGUACUGUAUAUGUAUGUCCUUCUUUCUCCAAUUAUGAAUAUGUUGAAAGGUACAAAGAAGAGUUUAUAUGAGUCUGUCCUACUAAAUCAACAUGAGAAUAAAUAUCUAUACCUAUCUCAUUUUUCAAAAUGCAAAAGUUCUUUAAAAUUACACGCAAUUAAUAUAUGUAUUGUUUGUUUUAUAACAAUACAGGUAUGCUGACGUCUAUUUAUUUUUACAUGCAUGGAAAACCAUUUUUUAUGUAUGUUUUGUUACUUGAGAUGUUCUAUUAAAAGAAAAAGAAUAUCGGUAAUCUGUUUCAUUAAUGCCCUUGUCCGUUUAGUCUAACAUUUUCUUCAUAUUCAUGACCAAAACAUAAUAAAGAGCAGCAGGAGAUAUCUAGAGCAGACUUAAAUCAAUCACAGGCAAAACUGAAUUUUUUUUAGACUGAAAAUUGUUCCCAGAAUAUUGUUGCUUUACCCAAUGGUACAUGUAAACUUGUGCACUUGUAUUGCAUUUUCUUCAAGACAAGAAUCAAAGCGUUGACACCCAAUGAUUCGACUUCCAAUUUUUGCGAACUUCUUGUCAGUCGAAAAAAUUCAUGGUCACGAGUUUGUUUUCUAUUUCACUACAUGCAAAUCAAUGUUAAUAAUAUAAAUGCAUACAUAUCAUUGUAAUCAAUCGGCAGUAAUUUAUUUAUGUCAUUAUAGAUAUACAUGUAUCUAUGUAAAAUUAUCUAUUUGUCGAUUAAAAAACAGCAUAUUCUUUA